GGACGAAGGGACUCAGGUUCCGACUCUGAUUUAAUUUAUUUUUUUGUCUGAUUCACAUCACAUAAUGGCAGAUGAGGAUGUGAUCCGUCGCCGUCUCUUGAUUGAUGGAGAUGGAACAGGAGAUGAUCGCAGGCUGAACGUCCUAUUAAAGUCUUUCAUGAAGUGGUGUGAUCAGCCGGAUACAUCAGUAGAAAAUAACGAAAAAAUGAAGAACAGACUCCUAUCAUUGAUGCUCCUUUGUGAACAUACUUUCAAAAAGUCACGACUGGUAGCAGAAAUGAGCACCAGGGAACUAGAAAACUAUGAACACAUUUCCAAAGAAAUUGAACAGAAAAUAGAGGAAACGAAAAAAGAAAUGGAGAAGACAAAGAAGGAUUUAGAAUCGGGAAAACUGAUCAGAAAAAAUAGGAUGGAGUACGACAUUCUAGCUGAAAUAAUCAAGCAGCAUCCAGACAGACUAGAAACUACAGAGAAAUUAAAACAGAUUGAGAAAGAAUUGAUUUCUCUCAAGGAAACUGAAGCAACUGUAGACAAAAGGAUCGAAAUGCGGCGGAAACAAUUCCAUGUCAUGAUUUCAUCGAUACAUCAAUUAGAAGCAAUCUUAAAAGCUGAUAAAGAUAAUAUUCUAGAUAAUUCUUAUGAUGCAUUUGACGAUGAUGAUUUAGAUUUACUUGACAAGAAAUCCGAUUCAGAAAUGAUUGUUGAGUAACUGUACGUAUUACUUUUUUACCUAAGUGUAAUCAAAGUUACAUGAGUCAAUUAAGUUCAAGAUAAAUAUCAUCUCGUCUUUCACAUACCUCAUCCAAAAUUGUAUCAUUACGUGCGAGUUGCUAACCAUAUACACCUAAUGUAAUGGUAUUGUGCACCACCUAACAGAAAAAAACAAACCAAGCC